AUGUUGACGGGACUUAGACGACUGGGAACCGGAAUUUCCGCGGUGCAGACCAGAAGCAUCUCGCUGCUGGGAAACCUGCAACCGCCGCCAGACUCGCAGGUGAACGAGAAACGUGUGGGAAGAGGUCCUGGAUCCGGAUACGGUAAAACCUCUGGACGAGGACAAAAAGGUCAAAAGGCCAGAGGAUCUGUUCCGCACUGGUUCGAGGGUGGUCAGACGCCUGUGCACAAGCUCUAUCCAAAAAGAGGAUUCAGAAGAUCUUUGAAGUUGGACUUGCACGAGCUGCCAUUAGUCAGAAUCCAGCGGUUCCACGAUUCCGGCAGACUCAACCUUGCACCAGGCGAGGUGCUGACGAUGAAGAAGAUGAAAGAGGUUGGGCUGAUCACCGGAUCGAUCAAAGAAGGAGUUGCUUUGCUGGGAAACGGAUCUCCUGAGUACAACCUGGAUAUCAGCAUUGAAUCGACCAAGGCCUCGCAGAGUGCUAUUGAAGCCAUCGAGAGAAAUGGGGGCAGCUAUACGUCCAGAUACUUUUCGCGGUCUUUGGGCUACAAAGUGCACAUGGCUCCAGGUAAGUUCAUGAGCACCAAGGGCUACAUUCCUAUGCAGGCCAAGCCGAUCGCCAGACGGGAUAUCUUGACCUACACCGAUUCCGAAAAGAGAGGAUACUUGGUGGACUCUGAGCUGUCGAAACGCAUCCAGGACGGAACGAAUCGUACUGCCAGCGUCAAGAGAACCACCAAGUCUCCGUUGGCCAGACAGCUCGAACAACUCCAGUCUGCCACCACCAAAAGCUACGGCGUCCAUGGUUUCGCCAACAAUUCGCUGGUCAAGUUCUCGGAUCUGAGUAUAUAG